AUGGUACAGCAGAAGGCGGAGCUGGAGCAGAAGAUCUCAGAGCUGCAGAUAGCAUUGGCGCCGCAGAAUAUGUGGAUGCAAGACGAAAUGGAGCGGAAGGUGGCAGGGCUACAGACCUUAUCGAGCCAGGCGGCAGUGAGGGCGAACAAGGGAAAGGAGCACAUCGAGCAAGAAAACAACGCAGACAAUGAAGACGCGACCGCUGAGCUUCUACCGCUGAAUAGUCACAUCGAGAGCCAGAUGUUCAUGGAGAGCGUGAUAUCCCAGACUUUAGAUGCACUCAACUGGGAAAAGCUGUACAGACGGAUCGAGAAAGCGCAAGAGAGACUGGCGUGGACUGCUGGUCUCGUCGACAAUAUCUCCAAUCGUCGAGUAGCAAACAUCGGCGGGCGCGCCGACACAGAGCGGCUUGCUGUCGCCAAGGGCCUCUUCACAGGCUCUGCAGACAAAGAAGCAUCCGCCUUCCGUCUGCUCAACUCGCCUGCUGGAUACCUUGUCGUGGAGCGCUUCUUCCUUGUGCGAAAGGGAAGGGGUUCAAUUGUUGAUGAGCCGGUUGUUGAUCAAAUUGGUCCACACAUGGAGGGUAUCCUGUUGCUUACCUCUUUUGUCCGUGAUCCCGAUUAUGAUAUCGCAACCUAG